CGAGAGCCUGGGCCCGUCCCCCUCCCCACCGUCGACCUGCUCGACCCCAAGCCUCAGAUGGUUCAUCCGCGUCCUCCUCACCAGCUGCCGGGAGUCAUGCCUCAGCCCUCGCUAGACCUCAUGGACCACAAGCCGCUACACCUGCCGCACCCGCACCUCUCUCCACAACUUCCUGGCCCCUCCCACUAGAUCUCAUGGACCCCAGGCGGCAGCAGCAGUGCCCCAUCUGCUACAAGUGGCUGAGCAAGAGGACCCACCUGCCCACACACAUCCGUGAUCAGCACUCUUCCACCACCACCUACCAACACAAGUGUGACGUCUGCAACAAACACUACCGUACUCGCAAUGCUUUAGCUAACCAUAAAAGUCUUCAGCAUCGCAGUAAACUUCCCCACCAGCAAGCACAACAACAACAACAACAACAACAACAACAACAACAACACCAGCAACACCAGCACCAUCAGCAGCAGCUGGGGCAGCAUCAGGAAGUGGUGCACAUACACAAUAACAAGGGAACAGUCAGUCUGGCACCACAGUCACAGUGUUCAACAAGUACCACCUCACUCAGUUCACCAGUGUAUCACACCGCGCCCACCAACACCGCCCAUACCCAGCAACAGAGAAUAACUCACAAUCAGAUGAUGCCCACAGACCAGCCCCUCCCUACCACCCAUUUCCCCAGCCCACACAAAACAUCUACCGUCCAGCAAAACACGUUUACACACUCUAACAUCAGACAGUCUACACCAACCACUAGAUAACUAACACUUGACUAGUAUUACGCUUAGUGUAAGUUCAGGGGAAUAUUCUUAUACUGUCAUGUACUGUACCCCUCGCGAGGCAUCCUCAUCACUGCCUCUAUAACUGUAAGCCGGGGAAGGCCAAAUGGGGGAUCACUAAUGUACAUUUCACAUUAUUAAGACAAUCCCUCAAAUUUACAAUACUUGUCAACCUUCUUAUGAUUAUCCAAAAAUGUUCAAGAAUUGGUUAGUGUGAACAAACAUUAUAUACCAUGGAGCCACGAGGCUACUGCCGGUGAGCAGUGAGGUACGAGGUUAAGGUUGGCCAAAGCCUUACACUGAUACACACAAGGACACCUAUACCAAGGACUAAAAACAGUAUUUUAUUCUUGACCUGUACCACUCCUCAACCCCUGUCAGUACAUUACAUGAUAUAGUCGUCAAACGUUGUUGUUUCACGCCAAGUUUCAAAUACGAGGUGUAAUUUUAGUCAUGAAACCUCAAUCUAUUCACACCCACCAGGUCAGGGACUUGUCCAUACCCACCAACUUAAUAAUUAUGUACUGUGCUCACAUCCACCUAGGGUGCGGCGGCCAAAGAAUACAACGCUCGCCUAAGGUACGCUGGUUUGCGUCCGGGUUCGGGGCACUCCAUGUGACUUGUCUAUAAAAGAGAACCAAAAUUUAUUUGGGAAAUAAAAGCAGUCGAAUGUAGUGCCAGGUAUUGUGGAAUAUAUUUCACAUGCGAUAUACUCGUAGACUGCGCAUGCGCUAAACCAGAAACCAUCCGUUCGGCGCAUGUCAACAUACCCGCUGACAGCCUGCGAAAAAGUACCCAGAUUCUAGAAUAUCCUUCAACUCUUUGAUCAAAUCAUCGGAAUACAAGUGAUGGUUGGUGAUUUUAGUUAUUGCUGGUUGAUUAUAGGGAGAUGGGAGAUUGAGACCCCUAUGUCACCCCCCCCAACCCCAUCAGAGACCUACAUUUGCUCCCCCUCCUACAUACAUCAUCCAAGACUCAGGCUAACUAAUUAACGGAAGCCACCUGAACGUUGGCCAAAGGACUACUCCCUCCCUUUCACACCAAUAGAAGCCACACUAUACCUAAGUAGAAACCACAUAGGGAAACAUUAUCCCUAUAUUUAUAACUCAGUACUCUCAUGCCGUGAGCCAUGGGCAACUCACUGGAUACGCUGAGGUCACGAUAUUAAACAACAAUAGCUUUAUUGAAAUCCUAUCUAAUACCACACCGAGAUAGAUAUUUUGUGGUGGGACUUAUUUUGCAUAGCUAUUCUGCAAAAAUGUCAGGUGUGACUUAUUUCGUACGGUAGAUAUUUUGCACAACACCGGCCAUACUACUUUCUAUAGUGUGUUGUAUGUAUCCCACUACCCCUAAAGAACCAUGACAUUUACCCCAACCGAGAUUCAUGCUGAAACCACUAACUCGUGUUGUUACCACUUGGUCACACACAACCAUUAUUACAAUACACUUGGUCACAUUACCAUUGUUACAUUAUACAGUACUUGGUCUAUAUUAAUAAAGUGAAUAAUAAUAAAAAAAUACAUUACUGCAGGAAUAUUAAACAUGAGAUAUUGAAUAGCUAAGGUUAUUAUACCCUAUUUAGAAUCAUUUGAGUCAUUUAUGCCCCACGAUAUGAUUCGAGAGGGUAUACUGUAUAGUUUUAUCCCUGUCUGUACAGUAUAUAGGAACUGUUUUUAUUUAGUAACGAGAGAAAAGCGCCACUGAUUGAAUGGCAGUACAGUAUGGAGUACAGCUUGGUAUUGUGUAUGUUUAGGGGGUGGAGUGCAAUAAUGAAUCCAUUUUUAUUUACUUUAUCCUUUUCACCACCGAUAGCUCGCGAAUCGUUACCCGCUUGGGCAGUCUGUCGUCUCCGUUAUGAACUGUUGGCAAGUAUUGUACACUCGUGAACAAAAGUCCUGUCGCCCCUUCUGCUGCUCCACGAAACCUGAGAUUCAGACUCAUGAAUCCGAAGCAUUUAUGGGCAGAAUAAUGCAUCAGUGUCUACUGCUUCGGGUUCAUGAGUCUGAAUCUCUUGGUUCGCGGAACAGCACAAGGGGCGACAGGACUUCUGCUCACGACUGUACUGUCGCAUAAGCUCCGUGAAGGUUAAACUGGAAUGUCAGUACUGAACGCGCUAACACAGGAUGUUCUCGCAGAUUCCUAAAUCAGUUAGCGACCAUAAACUGAAUCAAAACGUGAAUGACAACUACCAAAGCCAAACUUGACCAAACCUUUACGAACAAAAACCUCAAUACAAAACUCAGUUGGGGUUCUGGUAAGGGUUGUGUAGCUCUAAUUAAUGAGUGUAGUCUCUUGAGUACUCGCUGGUCUGUACAAUAUACCUUUUAUUUUUUGUCAACUGCCCGCGUCAAAACUCAGCUAGAAUUUAUCGAUAUAUAAUCAAGCGCCAAACAAACCUAAGUCGUGAUUUAUAUAAAAGUUAUCUGGUCAUAUAUUGAAGGAAUCAAGCGAUUAGAUGUGUACCAACAAAUAUAUGGACGCGAGUACAGGACUUUAGACAGGGAUAACAAUAUAUGCCUCCCCAACACUGGCUGAAUAAGAGGAUAGUAACGUGUGUGUGUGUCUGUGAAUCCAAAAAUUUAUCAUAUCGGGGGCUAGAAAACGACCAAGUAAUGUGCCAAUUUUAAUUAAGACUAACCUGUAUGUAUGUAUGUAUGUAUGUAUGUAUGUAUGUAUGUCAUUUUGUUAGACAGCCCUCCCCCUCCUCACACAAUACAAGUUUCACCUCAGACACACACGAAAGAAAGAUGAGGCAAUGUACUCAUUUCACUCUCAGUAAAUCUAAUGCUUUGUUAUAAUACGUAUUAAACAAAGAUGCAUAUACAGCAGAAAUAAAUUUUAAUGAAUUAGUGUUUUAUGAAAUCAUUUAUGCAAAAUAUUUUAUAAUAUAAGGUAAAUUUUAUACUAAAACGCAUUGCAUGCAAGUGUGUCAUUGGUUCUUCAGCCCUCAGUGAAUGGCUCCACAAGCCUUGAACUCAGAGACAUUUAUUUCAUGGCCUCAGCUGUGGGACAAUACAUAUUCGAACACUAAUAAUAUGUAUUGUGUUUUCAGGAAUUAUAAACAGCUCUCACACGUCCAUUCUGUAAACUCACUCACUGUGGCGCUGUACAGAGUGUGACCAAUGAGAGUACUUUGUGUGUUGGACCGUUGGUGUAACAAGCGCCCAAAUAUAUCAUUUAGGAGAAAAGCAUUGCUCUCUGUUAAUGCCUUAUAAAUGAAAUUAUAAUACCAAACUGUACUACAAUAUAAUAAGAAGGAAAAUACUGGUUUAUUGCGGUCUUUAUUAAUCUGCUAAAGGAUUAAAUAAAUAUAAUUUUAUGUAUUGGUAUAAAGUUUGGGAUUCUACCCGCGUGUGUGUGUGUGUGUGUACCAAGGGGUCGUCAGCUCGCCCACCUUGCAGUCUGUGUUCCUCUCUACUAGUCAUGGCGUUGGCUUAAGGCUCACACACCUUGUGCCAUCCUUCAUGUUCCUCACUCACAGUGGUCAUGUUGACCCAUCAUGUCUGGACUCAUGCAGUAUCUGGACUCAUACAAUCUUUGAACUCAUACAAUAUUCAGACACAUACAGUAUCUAGAUUCAUACUGUGUCUGGACGUAUACAGUGUACAGACUCAUAGUGUCUAGACUCAGUGUAUGGACUCAUACAGUGUACAGACUCAAUUUCUGGACUCGCCAGGGGUGUUCUGAAUGACAUACUGUAAAUGCUGAUGAAAGCUGUUAAAACAUAUGUAUUCAUAUCUGGAAAAGUAUAUAAACUUUGUUAAAUAUUGUAAAUAAAUAUUCAUAAUUAA